CCUACCUAGCAAAUAUGGGUUCAGAACUUAAACUCCCUUUUGUGGAUUUCUCAAAUAUUGACCAAAACACGAACUGGGAUUUAACAAAAUCCCAAGUCCAUAGAGCCCUUGAAGAAUUUGGUUGCUUCGAAACAACCUACGCCAGCAUCCCACCGGAGCUCCAAACGUCCAUUUUUGAUUCAUUAAAAUUACUUUUUGAUCUCCCUUUACAAACCAAAAUCAAAAACAAGUCUUCAAAGCCCUUUCAUGGCUACGUAGGUCAGUACCCAAUGGUGCCACUCUAUGAGAGCAUGGGCAUUGACGAUGCACCUAUUCUUGAGAAAGUAGAAAGCUUCACCAAAAUGUUGUGGCCCAAAGGCAACACCGAAUUUUGCAAGACUAUACAAGAGUUUUCGGAGAAGCUAUCCAAACUUGAUCAAAUGGUGAGGAUGAUGGUGUUGGAGAGCUUGGGAUUAGAAAAGUAUGUGAAGGAACACAUGGAUUCAACAAAUUAUUUGCUUCGAGUCAUGAAAUACAAAGGACCCGAAACAAACGAGUCCAAACUAGGACUCAAUUCUCAUACCGACAAGAACAUUGUCACGAUUUUACAUCAAAAUCAAAUCGAUGGAUUAGAAGUGCAAGCAAAAUCCGGAGAUUGGAUCAAGAUUCAACCUUCACCCAAUUCUUUCAUUGUAAUGAUUGGUGAUUCACUCUAUGCAUGGACGAAUGGACGAUUGCAUUCACCUUAUCAUCGGGUGAUGAUGAGUGGAGACAAAGCGAGGUAUUCUCUUGGGUUGUUUUCGAUACCAAAGGCUGGGUAUGUGGUAAAAUCCCCAAAGGAGGUUGUAGAUGAUGAACACCCAUUACUCUUCAAACCAUUUGAUCAUGUUGAGUUCCUUCAGUUUUACUACACUGAGGCUGGCCAACGAGCCCAAUCUGCUCUCAAGACUUAUUGUGGUGUCUAAAGUAUUACAUGAUCUUCAUCUUUACAUAUCCAUUUUGUUGAUGUAUGGACUUUCAUUAGUACAUCUCACUUGUGUUUGUUCAUGUAUUAUUGUAUUCGUAUAGGUGUGUAUGUGUGUGUAUGUAUAUCAAUCAUGGAAGACUAGAAAAUUUUCCAUAUACAUGAUAAUUUACAAAAAGAAUAUAUUUAUGUCAGGG